AAAGGCACGGCCAGAGAAGGAGGGAAAGAAAAGCGAAAAGAGACAAAAAAAAGAGGCAAGAUACUUCCCAGCCCAGACUUUAUUUGCUUUUUUUCAGUUUGUGUGUUUUGAGAAAGGGCUGGAUGGCUGCAAGUGGGUUGGGACGGAGACCCAAGGAGUGAGAUCCAGCAUCCUGUAAACAGAGGGCCAUGCAUGUUGCACUGCGGCCUCGCAGUGGAUGCCUGGUGCUCUGUCUGUGCCUCUCUGCCUUCACCCUGCUGCUGCAGAGCCUCUGGGUGCCUGCAGAGAUAACCAGUGAGGAACCUGCAGGGAGGUCACCGGAGGAACAAGGUAAUCGCGGUCUUGGUUUUCGCCGCCUCGCUCUCCGUUUGGAGGCUCUGAGUACUCAGGUGCAGCGGCUGAGCAGAGAGAGGGAUGUCCCCCAGCUGACCAGAGAUGAUCUCAGCCUGUUACUGCAGAGCUUUAGAAAAGACCAAUUAGGCUUAGCCCGCUUGAUGGAGAAGGAGCUGAAGAGAGUCUCUAUGAGGCUGGAGCAGCUCAGCCGUCACCAGCACAAUACACCACCCCCACCUGAAGCCCUUAUACACACAGGGCCCAAGGAGAAGUGUGAGGUGCCAACGGAUCGUGCAUAUCCGGUGUGUGCGGAGAAAGUGGAGUUCCUGCGGGCCCGAUGGCAGUCAGACCCCUGUUAUGCCUUUUAUGGGGUGAAUGGCACCACCUGUUCCAUAUUGACAUACCUCAGCCAAAUAGAAGACUUUUGUCCCCCUCGUCUUGGAAGAAACCACUCUGCGCUGCCAUGGCACCAGAAAAAUCACUCCUAUACAAAGAAGGCUGAGAUACGUACAACUCUGAACCCGCUGCAUGCGGCCAUCAGGAACAACAGCAGCCCUGCCGUAACCUUCAUCCGGUCCAGAGUGGAGAGGAUGUCUGAGCGAUGGAAACAGGCUGCUGUGAGGAUGAGACAGAGCAACAACCAGACUGACUCCACCCAGAUGAAGGUGCUGCUUUAUCCCGGGGCCCUGGCGGGGAGUGCUGGCCAGCGUUUCGAGGCUCUAGUGGAGAGGGGGGGUCCUCUGGGGGAGCUGGUCCAGUGGGCCGACCUCAGCGCCUCCCUGACAAUCCUGGGACACAACCUAACCUUCAGCACCUCACAGCAACAACUCCACAGUCUCAUAGGGGCUGCGCCAGGCCGAGGCAGUUGUCCAAUCCAGAGGCCUCUGACCUUUGACCUGAUCUACACUGACUACCAUGGCCUCGCUCACCUUCAAGGCGCCAUGGGACUGGCUUUCCUGCAUUACCAAUGUCGCUUCAGAAUCCUGGACUCUUUUGGCACUGAACCAGCCUUUAACCUGGGGAGUUAUGCACGCAGUCAUGGAUAUAAAACCCUGUGGGGCAGCUGGGAUCUGCAGCCCCUGCAGUACAUGACCAUGUUCCCUCAUACUCCUGAUAAUUCCUUCCUGGGUUUUGUGAGUGAAGAGGCAGUGAAGGAUGUGAAGGAGGAAGAGCUGGAGUCAGACUCCAACAGGAAAAACAGGAUAGCAGUCGUCUACGGCAAACAGGACUACAUGUGGAAGGGUAAAUCUGAGUAUGUGGAGGUGAUCAGUGAAGAGCUGGAGACCCACGCAACAGUCUAUCAGCCUCCAGGACUCACAUCAAAUCUGCCCAGCUUCAUCAGAAACCACGGCCUACUGACUCAGGAACACUUCCUACGACUUCUCCGUGGAGCCAAGGUGUUUGUAGGUCUUGGGUUCCCCUAUGAGGGUCCAGCUCCAAUUGAGGCAAUAGCUCUGGGGUGUGUCUUCCUUCAGCCCCGAUUUGACCCGCCACACUCAUCAGAAAACAAUGACUUCUACAAAGGCAAGCCCACCACAAGACAGAUCUCCUCCCAGCACCCUUAUGCCGAGAAAUUAAUCGGCAAACCCCACGUGUGGACUGUGGAUGUGUCCAACAAGACUGAAGUUCGGGAGGCCGUCAGAGCCAUUUUACGCACAGAGGUGAAGCCAUUCACUCCCCGAGAGUUCACAUGUGAAGGAAUGCUGGAGAGGGUUCGUGAUUACAUUGCACACCAGGAUUUUUGCAGUAAAUCUCUUCCUACUUGGCCACCAGAAUGUGCUCUAAGGGUGCACCUGGGUCCCCUGGGUCAGUCAUGCGAAAGUGUGUGUCAACGGUCCUCCCUCGUGUGUGAGCCGGCUCUGUUUCACUACCUAAACACUCCUGCUGCACUCGCCCGACUCAAGAUAGGCUGCUCCAGCACCAGACAGGAAGUCAACCACCUGUUUCCUGCCUACAGCCCUUGGGGUCAACAGUGUGGCCUUCAGCAGGAUCCUCUGUUGUUCAGUUGUGCCGGCUCCGACCUCUCUCAGCGCAGACUGUGUCCCUGUAGAGCUCACCUGCCUGGACAGGUGGCACUGAGCCCUGACUGCCUCUCAUAAACACUAUGAAAGAACUUAGGAUAAAGCAGAAAGCGAAGAGGAUGAUGAUGGAGAAAGUACCAAAGAGUCAUCUGCAAUAAAAACUGUACAGGAAAGAACUGAUCUCGACCAAAGAUAGCUUGCUGUCCUGCCAAUGGUUUUGGAAGCUUUGAGGUAUGUUAAUUGAUAUCAAAUCGUGAUUUUCUUUGUAUUACUCAGGAACCAAAAAACAAUUGAAAGUGUUUUUAAAGAGUUGAAUGAUUAAAUUCAAGGCCUGGUGUCUCAUGGAGAAUAAAAAACCUCUUUGUAGCUUUUCCUUGAUCCCUUAAGCAAAUAGUCUUUAAAUGAACGCAAGCUGCACAAGGAAAAAGUGUUUAUUUUUAAUGGAUAUAAGUUAGAAGUGGCCCUUAUGACUCUAAAGCCAUUUAAUUAUCUCCACUUGCUCCAGAUCUUACACAGUACAGUGCACUUCAAUAUUAUGCUGAAUAAGUAUCUAAUCAUUCAUAUGCUUACAGUAAUGUAUCAUGGUGGUCGGCGUUGCAUGGGAUUACUGCUCAUGUAACGCUCAAUGCAUUGCUGGCUGCAGAUAUUAGCCCGGGCCUCGGAGGAGAGCGGGUGACAGCUUAAGUGAUGAGGCUCAUUAUCUGAGUGAAUCAUGGAUAACCUCUGGAUGCCUUUGGGAGGUCAUAGCCAUAUGACCAUGAUUAUAUUGUCAUAUAAACCAUUGGUUCCCAACUGUCUUUGGCUUAGGAAACCCCCUCAGCUCUAUUUAAAUCCAUGCCCCCCGCCAGUAAAGGCAGAACCUCAUUGUUUGUCUUUCAAACACAUAUUUAGCGUAAUUUAGACUGGGAAAAAAGUCACAGAAGGCAGGAUUAAUUAUGUUUUCUUGAGUUAUUUUACUAGAAAUUAUGAUUUUGCUCAUAACAGAUGACUCAUGUUGUCCCAUGUUCUUGCAUUUGCUACAGUAUUAUUCCUUCCCCGCCUCAUGACCCACAGAUACUUAAAGCCCCUCAAGGGUAUUUUGCAGGUUGAUAUGAGCAAACGUGGAAACUUUACAUAGUAUGAUUUGGCUACAUGCAAAGAGAGGUAAGCCUGAACGUUUCCAUUUCAAAAGCCUUAAAUGGUCACACAGACUUAUCCCAUCAUCUCUGCCUGCAAAACAGCCAGUGAAAGAAACAGAUGAUAACAACUAAAGGCCAAACUACAGUGUUGUAAGUGAUGGGGUGCUGGAUUUACAUGGCACAGCUGUUAGCAAAGAUGGCUCCAACAAUGGCAACACCCGGUUGAUGUGAGCUGUUUCUUGGAAAGCACGCACCCAUGAAUGUUAAUUGGCAGAACAAAAUAGCUUUUCCUCCUUGGUGCACUUCAUGUGACCAGAACAUAAUUGUCUUUCAGGGAUCAGACCUCUCAGGACUGGUCGACUAUGAGAUUGACCAGUAAAUGCCUGUGAAAACGGGGGAUGAAAACAACAUUUUUGAUGACUUUGGUAGAAUAAAUUGGACCUGUCAAAUGUAACUUGUGCUUAAUCAGCUGAACGGUCCAAAGAUGAUGGAAAUGAACUUGUGUUCAUGUCAAAAGGCUGCUUGGAUUAAAGGAAAAAUAAAAGUUGCUUUUGACUCAGA